GGCCACCGUAGACUACAAUGCUGAGUAAAAAAUCGAAGCAAGUGAUUGAAUAGACUAGCUUAUUUAUUUUGUGUUGAUCUGUCCUUUCUUUACUUCGAAAAAACAAUUGUUCCCGUGAUUGUCCGGGGUUUGUCUGUAUCAGUAUGUCUGUGACAUGCGCACACACAUCCAGCACAAACGACCCACUGACUCAGACCGACUCGCCGCGAGAGCAGAGACCGACUGCCGCGUCAACAGCCGCGGGGAUGUAAAUGAGCCGCCCCGGGCUCAGUGGAGACGGAGGGUGACAGUCCGAGAAUGCAACAACAACAAGCGAGCACACCGUCAGCUACGUCAGCUCACGACUGUACACAGUUACUAGCUCCUAAAUAUAAACCGCAGACCACUGACUGAGUCGUGAUUGUUUACUAUAUUGCAAGAGGAUCGCCAAAGGACGAGGCUUAACAUCUCCCAGCCAGCCAGCCAGCCAGCAUGCCUGCUGCUGCUCAGAGCCUUCAAUCCAGUGGACUGAGCCUGUCUGAAACAAGCAUGGGUAUGUAUUUAUGUGCAAGGUCAGCGUUGCGUCUGCAGCAGUUUUUAUCAAUUAGAUAAUGUGUCAAUUUUGCCAAAAUGCGGGGAUUGUUGAAUCCAGACAAAAUACUGCCAUUUGAUUUUUGUCAGUGUGUCGUUCACUAUCUGUAGCAUCGGUUUUCAGCUCUCAAAGGUAGACAAAAACACUCGUUGCAUCACUGUAUCGUGUUUUUUUCCUCUGCUCCAGGCCGCAGCGCGUCACUGCAGGUGCGGCGACGUUGAGUAACCCCCCAGCACCUCGAGUGUUUGUCUCUGAUGGAUAACAGUCUGACGCUGAUUUUGGCAGGAUGUUUAGCUUCAACCACAGAGGGGAAAAACGCCCCGUUUAUUUAAUGACAGAUCAGCGAAAAUCUGUCUCUGUUUGAGGCUCAGUAUCCGCAGAGCCUCAAACAGGUAUCACGGUCGAGUGAGGCUCCAGAGUUCUUUUGUGAAGUCUCCACGAGUGAGAUCAUCCAUGUCAGGUCUGAACGUCUUAUUCCAAUGAGGCAAAAAGAGAGGUUGUCACUUCACCUAUCAACACUCGAUGCUACACCUGUCUCUGGGUUACAUCUUGCUUACUUAAAAAUACAUUUAUUUUACUUAACCCUUUAAUGCCUUUGAUACAGACUUUUAUAUACAUCUAUCAAAUCAACAAAUGACUAAAAAACACCCGAAUACAGUCAGAUAAAUGAUAAAAGUGUCCUCUUGUAGUUUAUAAGUUUCCAAAAACAUCUAAUGUACCAAAUGAGAUCAAUAAAUAUAGUUGUUAAAUUUUGAGGACGUUUUGAUUUCAGUUUUCAAUUUGAAUUUUCUGGCCAUAAUUUGUGGUUUCAGGCAUUAAAGGGCUACAUAUACUAGUGACGGGCACGGCAGUUCUUUUAGAUGUACUGAAUCACUAGAAUCAGUUCACUAACAAGAUUAGUUCAAAAGAUUCAUUCACUAAAUCACUGAAUCAUGUAGAGCUUGAAGCCUGCGACUUCGACCUCCUGAACUGAUACAUAGCUGAACGUUUCAGGAUUCAGUUCAAUUCAAAGCUUCUGGGAUUGGGAGACGAGAGUGUUUGUUUGUGUUACUUUGGCAAACAGGUUUGUACAAAUGAACUUGUUUAUAAGUCCUGAUGUUUUAAGUGUACUGUCCUAUGGUAUGCUGUUUAUCUGGUCUGCUCGGUUAAUUGGGCUCAGUGAGUGAUUCGUUCACUGAACGUUUAAAAGAAUUCAAACUGAACUUGCUCCGUUCCCUGCUGCGGGUUUAAUGCACUACUUGUUACAUACUGUGUCCUAUUGUAUGCAAGUUGUUGUGGUGGCAAUUUAGCGGUAAAAAAAAAAGGUAGUUCUGUCAGACAAAAAUGAUUCCAGAGAGUGUAGUUCAAUGUGCGAUUCAUUCACCAAGUGAUUCAGGUGUUGGUGCAUGCGGUCCCUCGUUCGCUGACUGCUCGCCUGGCAAUGCUGUUUCUCACUUUAGCUCAACUGAAGUGAGAAACGAACGAAUCACUCGAGGAAGGUUCAGUACAUUCACUCAAAAGAUUCGGUCCUUUUGAAUGACUGGUUGCGAACGACACAACACUAACAAAUACACUGAUUUUAAACACCCGGGCUUCAGUACAGCCAUUAAACUCUGAAUAUUUUUCACAAGAAAUUCACACCAUGAAUGAGCCUGGGUGCAAAUAGGGUGGAGUCAGGUGGCAUUUGGUAAAACAAAACAUUCUUAUUUUUAGAAGCAAAAAUUUGCAAACUGUUUGCUGGCAAUGAUGCCAUGAUGUAAUAGUUUAGUGUGCUGUUUCAGUGAGCAGUUAUGCAGCCUAAUAAUACAGAGUAACAUCUCAAAACGUGAAGACUCUUAUUCUUAAAGCUGCAGUUUUAUAAAAGUUUCUGAAUAAAUAAUAUGACAGGCUGUGUCCUUCACUGUGCUGGCAUCAUGGUGACAACAUUUGACUGAAACCAUAUGCUGCGGCUCCGGCCCAGUGCAGUGAUGAGCAUUGAUGUACUUCGUAUUGAUCUCCAGGUUGGAGCAUCAGUGUUCUGUUGCAGUGACGUCUGCCUGUGGCCACGUAUAAAAACAGAAUAAAGGAGUGACAAAGAUUAUCUUUUGUCGUUGAUAGUGCCGCCGCGAUUUACCUGAAAAUGCUGAAUAGUUGAACAGAAACAUUUAAACACGAGCAAAAGUAGACUGACCAUCCCCUAUCGUGGUUUGGUUUGCUAAAUACUCCUGAUGAAACAAAGACAUUAGACAAAAUGCUGAAGACUGCAUCUACAAUUACGGAAAGCUCUCUGAGAGUCUCUCUCUCUCUCCUUGAUGAAUAUUGUUAGAGAUGAUUCUCACCCAGCACCUCUUCCAUUUGAAGAGAUGCCCUCUGGGAGGAGGCUCAGAUAACUGUUUUAAAUCUAAGUAGUUUAAAGGAGUACAGUCUCAGAGACUAUUUGACUGCGUGUGGGAAAGCCUCUGGCUCUGUCAGGUGCAAUUUGUGUCAAGCGGUUGUGUUUAAAAACUCCAAUUGUAAAAAGUCAGAGAGUGUGAAGAAGUUGUUAAAAUCAGCAAUCGAUGGUUUAUGAAGUAUUUAAAGACUGUAUUUAACUGAAAAUAGUGCAAAGACAAAAUAUAACAUUGAAACAGAAAAAUGUAAUUGUUUUAUGAAAUACAUAUGCUCAUUUAAGCAACAUGUUUUAGAGAACUUAAGAUGCAGACAACAUCCCCUAUUCAGUUAGUUUGCAACAGAUUAGAAAGGCAGCGGUGUACAAAGAACACUCUGUCUCUCUCUGAAGUAAAUAUUACAGGAGGUAAACCCCUAUGUGAGGAAUUAUGAGAGCAAAUAGUUCAACAAUUUAAAAACAACGUGCCUCAGAGUAACAUGGCAAAGAAUCUGAGGAUUUCAUCAUCUACAGUACAUGAUACUAAAAGGUUCAGAGAAUCUAGAAAAAGGGUUUUAUAAAAGGAACAAGGCCCAAAACCAGCUCUGGAUGGCAAUGAUUUCUAGGCCGUUUGGUGUCAAAAACAGGCUUGACUCUGUAGUGGAAUUCACUGUACAGGUUUAAACUCACUUACCAAGAUCUAUCUCCCAAGAACAGGGUAUGUAGAAUUCACAAAUGGACCGGGACAAAGUAGAAAGCUGUCCUGUGGUUUAAUGAUACAAGUUUUGACAUUCUUUUUGGAAAUCAUGAAAUCCACAUUUUACUAUCGAAAGAGGUGAGGGACCACCUGACCUGUUAUCAGCAUCUGUGCUGGUAAAGAGAUACAUAAGUAGCUUACACGUCUGGGAAGGUCCAAUUAAUGCUGAACAAAUACAGGUUUGGUGACAACAUGAGCUACCAUCAAGACACUGCCUAUUUUCAGGGGAGAACUUGUACAUUUCCAAACCAUAUUCUGCAUAAACUCCAACAGCGUUGAUCUGUAAUAUAAAGUCUAUGUGAUAAACUGGCCUGUCUUUAGUCUAGACUUGACAAACAUUGAAAACUGCAUGUAACGAUUUACAUAUUCUGCCCUUUUUAACAUUUCACACAGCAUCCUUUAAUUCAAUUUAAUCUUUGGAUAAAAAGAUAAAAUGCAUUUAAACUCUCAACAGCAAACUUGAGCUGUCAUGGGGGCAGGGGCAAAUCUACACAGGGAGGAGGUUAGCUGAAUGUGAUGGAGUACAGUUCUUCAGCAUUAUGGACACCCUAAGUGGUACUACAUUACCUGUUAAAGGGUACUUUACAUGUUCUUCUCAUGGAGGAGAAAAUACAAGUGGAAGUCUCUGUCAUCAUAAAAACAAAUGUAGAUCACACUGCUUUCAUGUAAUAAUAUCAUUUUUUAGCCUGUUUAUCAUUGUAUGACACUUCUCUUAAAAUAGAUUCAAAACAUCACAGUGUAUAAGUUAGUUUACAUUAUCACAUUAACCCAAUAAUACCACAUCCCUUCUAGUACAUGGCCCGAGUAGAAAGUCCUCAAUGUUAUUAAGAUAUUUUGAACAAUAUUCUGUAGUAUUAUAUCAAUAUUAUAUUUUUUAGUUACAAUGUGAAGUUUGGAUUAAAGGUUGUAAAAACAUCUUGGGGUAUAUUUUAUGCGUAUGAGUUUUGAAGUGAUUCAAUGUGUUUCAUCAGAACUCGGCGACCUGGCAGCGUGAAUCAACAACCUCACAGCUAUCAUUUGUUUUAUUGUGACACUGAUUUUGUUCCGGUUGAGUCAUGUCUACUUCAAAGACUUGAGAAAUUCCACUUUCGGGAAUCAUCCACAUCUUGGUUUCAUUAAUGUGCUAAGAUCCUUCGCCAGAAUCAACAUCUUUAUGCUCGAUGCGAGAGAGAAACUGUCCAGUCACAAGCCUUUUUAGCUACUUCCCACCCCAUCAGUGUCUUUGUUGAUCUCUUUUUUUAUUUCUCAACACUUAACAGGUUACGGCGAGUUACUCUGAUGAGAGCAUUAGCAGUAACUGUUCACUUUGUUUUUGUGUUGUAGGUUCUUUUAAGAGGAGAAAGAGGAAAUCAAUUAUAGUGACGGUGUUGCUGCUCAUCGUUUCCGUGCUCAUCCUCAUCUUCGGCCUGGCAGCAACGACCAGGACGCAGAACAUUACCGUAGGCGGCUACUACCCAGGAGUCAUUGUAAGUGCGCAGUCACACCUUGGAAUUAGUCUGUUCACUGUCAGAGUUAAUGAGUGAAGAGACAUUGUUUGAAGUGAGCUCCUUCUGCUCUGGACUCUGAUGAUCCUCAUUACUGAAGGUCUCUGAGGGGUGAAUUCCCCUCUACAUUCAUUAUUCAGCAUCACUGUCAUUAGAGGCUGAGUGAGGCGAAGUCUCCCAGCCCAUAAAUGCCUUUUUCUUCGGUUUUAUUGGCUUUUAGCAUGCAGCCUUUUUCACUAAACGGCAAUCAGAAAAAACAAACAGUAGAUGAAGUUACAUUUCUGGAGAUCUUUCCUGUUGCUCAAACACAAAAUCCUUCAGAUUUAUCACACAGACCAUCAACAUCAAAUAGAAGUUACUGAAGUUGUCAAAUGAGGAAAUAAAACAUGCUGCUCAUAAAUCUUACAAAUGCAAAAUUACACUAACUAAAGGGAAAUCUAUCACAGAGAUUUAUUGUGAUUUGUAAAAGAGGAGGUAAACAUAAGAUUAAGACAAGCUAAACACUCAAAUUAUAGUAAAUAAACAAGUUUUAUGCUUAUCUUAAAUACGAAUGAUGUUAAGAUUGUGAAAAUAGCUCUCCGGGGAUUCACAGAAACACUUGAUUCAAUCCACUGUGCUAUGAAAUGAAAGCUUUAUUAGAUAAACGCCCUAAAAGCUGUUUUCUCUCCUUUUCAGCUGGGCUUUGGCUCUUUUCUGGGAAUUAUCGGUGCUCAUCUGAUAGAGAACAAGAGGCAGAUGGUAAGAGGAUUUAUGUUACCUCAGUGAAUUGAGAUCACUUUCAUUGCUUGGUGUCUCCUUGUCUCCUCAGUCUCACAGUACAGUCAUUAAACUGCUCUAUCAGUCCCAGUUACCCUCACGACAGCCAGCAGCUUGAUUAUGUUGUUAAUUUGAUAAUAGACACACAGCAAACCUGGCCCUGACUGCAAGGCCCUCCUCUGCCUGAGGAGGUUUGUGUAUCAGAGCAUGUCUCCUGGGCUUCAGAGGCGAUGCAGACAGAAAUAGAAAUGGGGUGUAAGUGAAGGAGGACAGAUGUCCACACAGGAAUGUGGGGAAGGAAACUGCAGAUGAGAGGAGCAGGUGGGGAGUGCCAGGCAGGGGCUGCCAGGACUGAGUGAAGAAUGAGUUUGAACCGUGACACCUUUCACAUCAUGCGGUACAGUCUGACUGUCUGUCAUCCUGGUCAGAGAGAGUGUGUACAGUAUCUGUCUGUAUGUGGACACCAAAGCCAAGCUAUGACAGGUCAAACCACGCUGCCCCUGAUUUGUUAUACACUAUAAAAUAUUAUUGCGGGGAUGAUGUGUUGAGAUUAUUGAUGGUUCUGGGAGCCAUCAUCCUUGUUUUAUCAAAUUUUCUUGAGAAUGAGAUAAGUCAUGAGAAAAUUGCUGAUUUAUAAUAUGCUUAAGUCAGUGAAUCCAGGGAAUUAUAACUGAUAGAAAACAUCUGUGGUUCCAGUGAUCAUUCGGAGCAGAGAUCAGCAGCUAGCUGUGCAAGGAGACCCACAUUUACAAAUGGAUUACAGCCACUAUGGUAUGAAGUAUAAAUAUUGUCCAAGUAUGUGUUGUUGACACUCUUGACUCCAUGUUUUAUACAGGGGUGUGUCCAGAGCGGUGUCCAGGGCAGCAUUCAUUGCAUUACAAUCGUUGCACUUUUACUUUUGCCAGUACUUUGAAAUUUGAGCCCAGAAAGACUGAAGCCUGGACAGCUCACAACCCAAAUUCCAACACGAGUUGGAACAUUGUGUAACCUGUAAAAAAAAAGCUGAUAUGGGUGGUUUGGGAAUCUUUUAAACCAUAAAUUUUGAUUGAAAAUGUGAAAAAGAUAACUCAAAAGUUAAAAACUGGAACAUUUAUUGUUUUGGAUAGAUGUUCACUCAUUUAGGAUUCUACUUUUUUCAACUUGGCUAAAAAAGUAGAAGCAGAGACUUGUUCACUGUUGUGUUGCAUCGCCUCUUCUUCACACAACACUGUAAAUGUUAGUGAAAUGAGAAGGCCAACAGUUGUCUGGGUUUUAAUAGUGAAAUGUCAUCUCUUUCUUGUCCAAUAAAGGAUUCUGGCAGGAAAUCGAGGUCUCCUUUGUUGUAUGUUUUGUGCAGUGAUGUGCCAGAAUUUUUCAAAGGGUGACAAAUCAGGACUGGAGGUGAGCCAGUUUGGCAACUAGUGCUCUUCUACUGAGCUACACUGCUGGAGUACAUACUGAAUGAGGUUUGAUUUUGUAAUUCAGAAAUAUGCAAGAUGUUCCCUGAAAAAGGCAUUAUCUGGAUGGCAGCAUUUUAUUUUGUUGGUGUAUCAUUGAGCAUUAUUGGGGCUUUUCCAAGUGCCUAAGCUGUGUACUUCUGCAUCCCCAGAACAGCAGGUGUGCUGGCAACAAGCUGAGUGGUCCCUCUACUCUCUUGUACAGAGGAUGUCCAUGAUUUCAAAUCAAAUUUUGAUUUGUCAAACGAUGUUUGUGUUUAAUAUAUAUUACAGGUUAUUAUUAUUAUUAUUAUUAUUAUUAUUAUUACACACAGAGGCCGAAGCCCUCAACCCAGCUGCUGAUAGUUCAACCUCCCGUGGCCCUUUGCUAAAUGUCAUCCCCUUCUUUCUUUUUCCCUCAUGUCCGUCUUUCUCUCUUUGAUUGUCCUGAUUAUCCGAGAGCAAAAUUAUCCCUCCUCACCUUAUUUUUAUUUUAUAUUUAACCUUUAUUUAACCAGAGAAGUCCCGUUGAGAUCAGGAUCUCUUUUACAAGGAUGACCUCGCCAAGAGGUCAGCAGCACACGCCAUGAUAAAUACAAAUUCACAUUAAGGUAAUAAAUCACAGACUUAAUGAAACUAAAAAAGCAUUACUUUCUCUCAUAAUGGACACAAAAGAAUGAUAGUUUAUUCUGGUUUGAAAAAUCUACAAAACUGGCCUCUACUUCAAAUAAUUUGAUUGACGGAAAGACUUUAAUUCUGUCAGGAGGAGCAGCUUCUUCUGUCAGGUCAGGUCACACAGUCUGUCAGGUGAAUAGAUGUGUGGCUCAUUUUGUCAGGAAGUUUAACAGUGAAUCAUUUGUAAUGACUAUUACUAUGUCAGCCAGAUCUUGAGCAUAUGAAAUUCUCAUAUGCUGCUGAAUGUAUUUAUGCAUCACACACAACUUGGUCCUGUCAUAAAUCUUUAUUAUCACUUGCUGCUGAAUCUGUUGCAUCGCUCCCCCCUGAGUGCCGGGGUGGCUGCGGACUGGGUGGGUGAUUUGUAACUAAACCCAGGCAGGCUUUCAGGGGUGAAAGGAGGAGAGCGGGGCGAGUUAAGGGUGUCAGUACCUAUAAAGAGCUGGGCGACGUGCCAGCCGUGAACACCACCGGGGCUAGGUGGCAACCACAGCGCACAGUCAUUGUUCUCCUUUACUCAGCCCCCCUUUCAUCCAGAGGUGUUUACACCCAGAGAGGCAGGGUGAUCCACAUUAGAGCUGAAAAUGAAACCGAGCGCUGAAGCAUUAAGCUGAUAGUCUCCAUCAAAAGAAAUGAAGCUGAUGUUUUCCUUCACAGUUGGUGGCGUCUAUUGUCUUCAUCAGUUUUGGAGUGGUGGCUGCCUUCUGCUGUGCUAUUGUUGACGGAGUCUUUGCUGCAAGGCACAUUGUAAGUAUCACCACAGCCUCUAUUCAUUCAAGUAGGCUACUAAAUUAUGAAUCCCUUAACACUUAUGCACAGACUUAUAACAAGGUUAUUAAUCAAUGCCGUAGCCAUUAAAGCUUGUUAGACUCUGCACUACAGUAUAUAUUUAACGUGUGCCCUCCUGCAAGGACAUGGCUCACAUAUGGUGGGCUAUAACUGCGCUAUAACAGCUGCACCCUCCACAGCAGGAUAAAUAUAUUUUGUGGCGAAGGGAGAUUGUUCUCCAUUAGGGAAAGUACACAAACAAUAAAUAACCUCUAAUGCACUCUUAAAACAAUUAUACUGCAAUAAGUUAUGGCUGGAUGAAAACGGAGGCUGGCUUCUCAUUUGCUUGUGGUGACAGUGGAGAGGAAAAUGGAAAAUUUCUCAGCAAACACUAUUUUGUACGGUAAAGCUCAGAGACACAUAGUUGAGUAUAAGAGCAGCAGAAUAGCAAAGCCGUGCAGGGAAAUGAAUAGAUCCUGGGAUUGUUCUGUUUGGUUUGUUUGACAGUUCAUUUAUCUACAUAUUGUAACUGUGUGUGAAAUGAGCAGAGUGACUUUAAUCAUAAAAAAUCAUUAGAAAGUAUCUGUAAUCUGGAACUAUUAAAGGGAUAUUUCGACGUAAAAUUAAUUUAGGGUCAAACACACCGUAACACCAAGUUAGACACCCCCUCGAGAGAUGAAUGUUGCCGACCGCUUGCUUCUCCAGUUAUAUCAACUUUACUAAUGACCGCACAAUAGCAAUACAGAGAGCCAGGCGCUCAAACAAAACGCGGCUCUAUGGCCACAAAUAAUGCUCAGAACAGCACCUAACUUCAUCAACAGUACAUAUAGGGUCCCAGUCACAGCACUAGCCACCAAACAUCUUUUAACUUUGCCUAAUUUAUUUAGCAAAGAGACUAAACACAACUCACCUACUCUCUUCCAGCAGCCCUUUGUUUGUAGAAAAACUUUUGAGCGAGUCCAUCAACUACAGCGGGAUGAUGCAGCUCAAGGAAGAACAUUUAUGGUCAUUUCCUCAUGAAAAUGCAAUCAGACCGAGAUGUUAAGGCAGAAGAACUACCACGUCUGCAGUGCGAAAUGAUUAAUAUAAUGAUUAUUACUUCAAGAUAAUGAAAAAGAAACGAUCAUAAAUGUUCUUCCUUGAGCUGCGCCCCCCCUCGUAGUCGAUGGACUUGCCCGAAGGUCUCACUACAAACAAGCGGCUGCUGGAAGAGAAUGGGUGAGUUGUGUUCAGUCUCUUUGCUAAAGUAAUCAGGCAAAGCUAAAAAGAUUUUUGGUGGCUAGUGCUGUGGCUGGGACCCUAUCUGUACUGUUGAUGAAGUUAGGUGCUGUUCUGAGCAUUAUUUGUGGCUAUAGAGUGGCGUUUUGGUUGAGCACAUGGCUCUCUGUUUUGCUAUCGUGCGGUCCUUACUAAAGUUGGUAUAACUAGAGAAGCAAGCGGUCGGCAACAUUCAUCUCUCUACGGGGUGUCUAACUCGGUGUUACAGUGUGUUUGACCCUAACUUAAUUUUACGCCAGAUUAUCCCUUUUAACAUAAGCAAUACAAUUAAAUAUGCACUCUCUUAGGUUUGACAGAUUGAGUCUGGAAUGAUUUUUACUGUAGACAUAUUAAUUCCAUUGCAGGACCUCAGACCUCUAUAUGCCGGCCGCUGUGACUACCACUCCAGUGAGACCUCAUCUGAACGUGAUGUAAGCAACAACACAUUUUUGUCUGUACAUGAAAAUAAAAAGCUGGGCUGUUCAUCAGCACAGUUUGAGAGCCGAGCCUAAAGUAAAGAGACUAUAAAAUGAAUUUUGCCCACCAGGUGCCCUGUCACACAUCAUCACGUUCGCCCUGCAACCUGCGAGUGAAGAGCAACACCUGCUACUGCUGUGACCUGUACAACUGCGGGAAGUGAGUACGCUGACGUCCAUCUGACAGUCCUUCCUGCUUUGCUGUGUCGCUUUGACUGUGUGGGAUUUUUUGAUGCUUACCUUGUGUCAUUUUUUGGAAGAGUUUUUUUGCACUGCAACAUUGAUUGUAUUAGAAGAAGAAUGUUUCUUUUCUUUUGACCUUUGUUUCAGAGAUCAUCCUCUUAUGGGACUUCAGAAUAAAGAUGUUUUGAAAAAGUUUAGGAAAUCAUCCAUGAUUUGGAAGUAGGUUCCUUUUUUCUAGAGCAUUUUUGGCUAUGAAUGACUGACUUUUUUGGAUAAGUGUUGACUGAACACGAGUAAUCACGUUAUUAUGAUUUCACCCUUUGUGCCAUUUCCCUUGCAUGUAAUAUGUGUUUGACCAAGCACCACCUACUUAUGUUGUCCUUGUCUCUUGAUUUGAAUCACAACUAUCCAUCUUGGACAGAUGUAGAUUCAUAAAUCUGCAUAGAUCAUAUUAUGUUCUUCAUUGUCUCCUGCAUAUAAAUACUCAGCAGCGUUUUUAGUGACAUUUGUGGCUUGACUGUAGGCUGUCUCCCUCUCUUAUCCACCCACUGGGCUAGCCGAGUCGAGGUGAUCGGAGGCUACCAUGAGUACACGGACGUGAGGAGCUGCCAGGACGUGGUGCACCUCUAUCACCUCUUAUGGUCCGCGACCAUCCUCAACAUUGUGGCGCUCUUCUUGGGCAUCAUUACUGCCGCAGUUCUGGGAGGCUUCAAAGACAUGGUAGCUGAAGUGAAUGUGGAAAAGACAGCACCUCAAACACCUCAAAGCAUGAUGGUCUUCAAAAAGUGUUUCUCUUCUUAUUCCUAAAUACCUUCACCAAAACGACUACACACUCUGUGAAAACAGGACAGACGUUAGAAGUAAAACUCAAUGAAUCUUAAUCUUUUCUGUUUAGGACAUACUUGAUGUUAGUUUAUGAUCUGUACAUUUGUCUGAACAUUUAAAGUAGAUAAUGUGGAUUAAAACAGCUGUCAUUUUUGUUUAAAUCACCCUUUGGUCACUUUUAAUCAAAAAUCUAUGAUUUUACUUUAUUUAUAUUGGUUUAAACCUUAAAAUUUAAAUAUGAUCUUUGACAGUCUUCAAUUCAUCUGUAAAAACUAGCUCCUUAGUAUAUCUCCUCUGUAUUAUUAGAAACUGAUCAAUAUGCUUCAUUUCCUCUCCAGACUCCCUCUGCUGCCUCAGAAAGCUCAUCUGAACCCGAGGCCAUCAUGGCUCCUGUCCCCUCUGAGCCUCCUCCACCUACAACCUCCCUCAACUCUUAUUACGACACUGCCCCCUGCCUGCCACCCUACUCUGCCUAUGACAUGCAGGUACAUUUAAACCUGCAGCGCUGUGUGAUAUGAGCAGAGGGUGACUUUAACCAUUAAAAAUCAUGAGACAGUAUCUGUAAUUUGGAACUAUUAAAGGGAUAUUCUGGCGUAAAAUUAAUUUAGGGUCAAACACACGGCAACACUGAGUUAGACACCCCCUCGAGAGAUGAAUGUUGCUGACCGCUUGCUUCUCUAGUUAUACCAACUUUAGUAACGACCGCACAAUAGCAAUACAGAGAAGCAAGUGCUCAACCAAAACGCGGCUCUAUAGCCACAAAUAAUGCUCAGAACAGCACCUAACUUCAUCAACAGUACAUAUAGGGUCCUAGCCAUAGUACUAGCCACCACACAUCAUUUUGACUUUACCUGAUUUCUUAAGCAAAGACACUAAACACAACUCACCUACUCUCUUCCAGCAGCCGCUUGUUUGUAGCGAGACCUCAGGGCCAUUAUUACUACAAAAAAAUUAUAAUGAUCGUAAAUGAUCUUCCUUGAGCUGCGUCACCCCGCAGCAGGUGAGUUGUGUUUAGUCUCUUUGCUAAAGAAAUUAGGAAAACUAAAAAGAUGUUUGGUGGCUAGUACUAUGGCUGGGACCCUAUAUGUACUGUUGAUGAAGUUAGGUGCUGUUCUGAGCAUUAUUUGUUGCUAUAGAGUGGCGUUUUGGUUGAGGCUUUUGUAAACCCCCCUGACCAUUGUGUAUUGCUAUUGUGCGGUCGUUACUAAAGUCGGUCUGCAACAUUCAUCUCUCCAAGGUGUGUCUAACUCUGUGUUUUGGUGUGUUUGACCCUAACUUAAUUUUACGCCAGAGUAUCCCUUUAAAGUCUUGUAUUUUUGUAUUUGUUUGCUCCACAGCUACCAGUUGCAUUCUGAGAAAAAUAACUCAAUUGAGUAUUUAGUAACAUCCAGCACAUUUGUAGUCACAAAACUCAUAAAGCUGCUCUUCUAAAAAGGCUUGUUCUGUCCUGCAGGGCUCCUACAUGUUUCCCGACUCCUCAGGUCUGUCAGAUGACUCCCAGUCUGGAGCGAGUCACCUGUGGCCCACUAUGAUCCCUCCACGCUACUCUCCUCCACACAACCAUCCUGAUGAAAAGCCCCCACCAUACAGCCCCUAACAUGACUUCUGUCACCAUCACAGAGGACAGAGUAGAAGGAUGGUGGUGGUGGUGAUGUUGGGGAGGAGAAGGAGGAGGAACACGGACACAGAGCACGCCAACUUUGAGUUGAGCACAAAAGAAGUGUUUGUCGAGCACGAGUCAGACUCAUACCUGCACGUUGCCCGUGUGUGAUGUGUAAAUCCACGUCAAGAGAGAGUGAGGCAGCAGGUUCACAGACAGGACUGUUUACACAUCUAACUGCCUUAAUGCAAAACAGACUUUCAGCGCUGCAGCUCACGGUCAGCUGGACUUACUCUGUACAUGGUGAAAAACUCUCACAGUUCGGGCUUUUUGUUACCCCACGUAUUGUAGAUUCCACUGGCUGCAGGUGGCACAGGUAAUAAUAACAUCCUCAUUGUUUCUCCUUGGAGAUCUGGACGGACUCAUUAGCAGAUCCUUUCACAGAGUUAAAUGAGCGCUUUCUGAAUCUGAAUCAGCUUGAAAAUUCAGCACUGUAAAGAUGUCGGCUCAAGCAGUUGUUCCUUCAGCGGUAAAUCGUGUCACUGUGCAGUAUAACACAGCAACGUUAGCAGCAACGGAGCUCCUAGAUGAUCAUAAUGUAUGUACAGCAGUAAGAUAUACAGAUGCUCUUUCAACAGUUAAGCCUAUGGUAUACAAACAGAUCAUGGUAUCUAUUUAUCAACUCUUCACUUUAUGUUCAGACAUAUCUUAAUCUGUGUUUGGUGAACUUUGCAGAGCAAUGUUUAUAUAAAAAAAAAAAAAACAAAGUUAUCCAGCCUUAGAAGCUAAGUCAGGACUGUUAACAGUUACUCUACAAACACUAUUUAUUGUAUUUUCACAGAGCUGCAAUUCAGGCAAAAAUAUACCGUCUCUCUCUUUGUAAAGUCAUGUCUUAUCUAGGAGCUGAAUGUGUUGUAGUUAGUAAAAGUGAUUGUGAAGUCAGUGCUGGAUUCACUGACAUGGAGAAGAGGGGAUCAUAGCGUUUAAAAAGUAAGAACCAACUGAGGGUAAGUGAAAAUGAAAGUAACCCCCUUCAGCUUUUAUCACUGCUUUUAUAAUUUCAACAUGUCCUCAGGGGCUGAUUGUCAGCUCCUUUUUGUUUUGCCAUUAAAACAUGUUUUGUGUAAUUGAAAUGGGAUUUGCUGCUCUUCAAUCCAGCCUCGAGUGUGGCUCUGCGAAUGUUGAGCCGAAAUAUCUCAACUGAGAGGAAAGAGGCGUUAAUUUCCAAAAAUGUUAACAAAUCAAUGAACCCUAGAGAUUUUGUUGAUCCCUGUUAUUUAAGACUGAAGACUAAAGACUGGUGAGGUUGGGAUUGUGCAAAAAACUUUGGCGCCAUCUUCUGUUUUAACUCUAAACCUAAAAAAAACUAUGAAUUGCAAUGUAAUGCUAGCGUGAGUAUGUAUUGUCUUGUUUCUCUCAACUACACCUGAGGCUUGUUUGGCUCAUGUAAGAAUUGCAAGGGAUGUGAUUUAGAUUGAAAUGAAAAUCAAAAUCAUUGCUACAUAAAAGAACUGAAGAUUGUUAAUAAAUUAUACUUUUACUAUCAGGGAAUCAUUAUAGAAAACAAGCAUAAAAAAACGAGAUUUCGUACAAUGAAAUGGCAUCAAAACUGAUUAUUUAAAUAUUUCUACAGCUACAAACAUCGUAAAUUCACCUGACAAUAAAAUAGUGAGAAAUCAACCCAAAGAAACACUGUACAUCACACUCCAUUGUUUACCUGUUAUUUAAAAAACAACCUGUAUGAUUUUAUUGACUGAUGACAGCAUGAAUCCAUGUUAUCACACAUGAUUGUUCAAUCAGACUCAUCACUCACUACAGUUUGACAACAAUGAAAAAACAAAGUGUAAAGAAACAUUUUUUACAAAGUCUUCUGUCUGCUCCGAAGCUAAGUGCUAGAUGAACCCAGUGUGGUUACCCCCGCUUAUAUCAAUUCUAUCAUCACAAUUAUGAGCAAAAUCCUGACUAUGUUAGGUCGGCAGGUUUUACAACCAACAUGAUUAAAAAUGCAGCAAACAGACAUGAGAAUGCGCAGGUGUGUUAAACUGACACUAAGGUUACUUCCUGGACAAAAAGAGUUCUCCAAACCAAUGUGGAAUGAAAUAAUCCAUGAACAAAUUUCUAACAAAAUAUAUUUAAAAUAACAUUCAAACUUUCCUUUGAACAGAAAUAAAUUUUAAAUAGUCUCAAACAUAAAACACUGGAAUGAUCAGAUUUUAUUACAGACUUUCAUCAACAUUAUUUCAUCUUGGGGGCACAUGCUGUGAGUUAUGCAAAAUAUUUAAAUUACAGAUGCAUUUGAAAGAAGAGGUGUCACCUGGUGACACAGAAAACCAACUUAUAUAGGCGACCCUGUUUCUAUUUUACCACACAGAGCCCAGGGGGUCUCUUAUUUCCAUUGACUGAUUCUGGAGAGAUGACCUGGUGGUGAAACAGCACAGCUCCUUCAGUGCAACACUUAAAUCUUUCUUCAUUAGAUACCAGACUAUUUUUGCAAUGUUCUGUUUAUAAACCACUUCUGCAUGAAUAAUAUUUCUUGCUAAUGCACCGAUCAUUAAUGAUUAAACAAAGAUCGAGGCGAUUUCACAAGCAGAGUGAGAACUAUUUAAAGUGACCUGCCACUUUUUGUCCUCUUCCUUCCUCGGAUCAAAGCGGUAAUCUGUGACUAUUUCGAGCGUUCACUUUUUGUUUAGCUGCACCCCUGGCUGGCAGGUUUGAGUUCACAUUUCAUCACCUCGAACUGUGCGGCUCUACUGUUAGCCCAGUAUAAACUCACACCCUAAAAAGAGCAGUACACUACGAAUUUCUUGGUCUUUUCAUGAAAAGCUGAUUCAGGUCAUUAGUUGAGAGGACUGUCAGUCAACUUAAAAUUGACAGUUCAUUUCUUGGACCUUUUUCUCUGGUUCUUACUUUGUAUGUGGAGCACUACAUGAGCGGAUGCAUGACAGGCUGAGUCUCAACAUGAAUGUUUGUUUUUAAAGACUCUUUGGCGUUCAUUCCCAUUUUCUUUAAGGGGAUAUUCCAGCGUAAAAUUAAUUUAGGGUCACAAACACCGCAACACCGAGUUAUACACCCCCUUGAAGGAUGAAUUUUGCUGACUGCUUGCUUCUCUAGUUAUACCAACUUUAGUAACGAAGGCACGAUAGCAAUACACAGCGGUCUGAGGAGCCAUGUUCUACCUUGAGCUGCGUCACCCCACUGUAGUCUGCAAUGGACUGGCCUGAGGUCUCGCUACAAACAAGCGGCUGCUGGAAGAGAGUAGGUGAGUUGUGUUUAGUCUCUUGGCUAAAGAAAUCAGGCAAAGUUAACAAGACGUUUGGUGACUAGUACUGUGGUUGGGACCCUAUAUGUACUGUUGAUGAAGUUAGGUGCUGUUCUGAACUUUAUUUGUGGCUAUAGAGUGGCGUUUUGGUUGAGGUUUGUUUGUGGCUCCUCAAACCGUUGUGUAUUGCUAUCCUGCAGUCGUUACUCAAGCUGGUAUAACUAGAAAAGCAAGCAGUUGGCAACAUUCAUCUCUGGAGGGUGUGUCUAACUUGUUGUUCCAGUGUGUUUGACAGUAAAUUAAUUUUACGCCGGAAUAUCCCUUUAAUUAAUCUGCAGAGGCUUCAUUCUCUCAAACUUGUAAAAAUAUUAACUAUGCAGAUUCAUUUUCAAAACGGUCUCUCUGCUGUUCUUCAAGUGAACUUUGGCUUCCAAGAGCCCUUUAUUUACCGAAAGCCCUCAUUCAUUCUGAUGGAGUUAUAAAUGAAGGGAACAAGACCUGACAUCCAACUUAAUUUGAAUAUAAACAUUUUGAGAUCCGACAUCUUUGCUGCUUAUUCCAGUCAGGUAAACCUGCUUCUUGUAGAGACUGCUAUAGGACUGUGGUGCUGGGUUAAACAGAGAAAAAGAGAAAUGAAGAGUUGAAGUUUAGUUUAGAAAAGUCAUUUCCUAUGAGACUUACCAAAAUCUGAGUUAGGUACUCCCCUACAUAUGCUGCUGAACUCUGAGACUACCUGAUGCUGACACAAAAAAAAAGGACCAUCAUCCAUGUUGAACCAAACAGUAAUGGAGGGAGGGGCACCUAAAAGGCACAGGUACCAGAGUGCAGGUGAAGCUCAGUAGGUCUCUGGUAUAACAAAGUCAAACUCUGUUGUUCCAUGCGGUGGAGUGUUCAUGGUCGACUCCGGUCUGAUCUUAGCAUCAGGUUCCACAAAGAUGUCGUCCCAGUUCAACAUCCUGGUCUGUGUCGAGGACUGCAUGUUUUCGCUGACGCUGGAUAUGUGAUGCACACUUCCAUCCUCAGAUAUGACAGGAACCCCCUCCCCUUCAGUAGUCCACGAGUAUGACCUCAUCUGCACCGUUUUACACGGAAGCAGUCUGUAUAAGUUGUUGUCCUUGUCAUCCCUCUCCUUCCUCCCACUGGGGUCCUGGUCGUGGAUUUGCUUGCAGUGGGUGGACAGUAAUUGGUAGUUAAUGAACGUUUGAUUGCACACCAAGCACUGGUACCGCCUCUCUCCUGUGUGGUGGAUUUCAUGUUUAGUUCUGUACUCCGCUAAGGCAAAGACCUUGGUGCAGUAGCGGCAUGGGUACUUUUUCUCCCACGAAUGGGUGUUGAAGUGACGACGUAGACUUGUCAGACACACGUAGGGGCGUUUGCAAACAAUGCACACAUAGAAAGUCUUCCCAUCCAUGAUUAGCUCGUAGUGAUCCUCAAGCUCGGUCUUGGUCCUCUUUCUGUUUGGGCUGGUUGGUGUUGUUUUAUCUAACUGUUUUAAAGGCGUCUGCAUCGGGAUCCUCUUUCCUUUAUUCGCUUUGGAGCCUCCUUCCCCUGGAUCUUCUUUGACCGGGACAAUGUCAUAUGUGUCUUCCCCGAUAUUAGCAUACACUUUACAGCCUGAUGAAAUCGACUCAAUCUCUGUACCUGUGUUGAGCGUCACUGUUUUCUUGGCUGUUAUACCCGACUUAGGAAUGUCUACUUGAUUCAUGGUGCUAUCAGACACAUCCAGGAGCCUAAUUUUGAAAUCUCCCUGCUGAGAUGAAGUAGCAACAUGCUUCUUGUGGACUCCCAUUAUAUCAUUAUUUUCAGAAGACGCACUGGAGGCACUGGAGGGCUCGGGGAUGACACUGCUCGACUUGGCUGGUGUUGCAGGAGAACUUGCUGAGGAAACUCUGGCAGGGGCAGGAGAGUGAUUUGAGCUGCUGUCUGGACUAAGCACAGGACUGCUGUUUGGCAAACUCUGGGUUGGACAACUGACACUCGGAGGCUUUGCAGAAUACGUUUUCAAAGAGGGUUUGGUUUUCUCUUUCUGUUUUGACCCUGAAUCAUUAGAGUCCUUAUUUUGCUCUGAUGCUACAUUUUCUGAAUCACCUGAAUCUACAUCGAUAACCUCAUCAGAGGUGGCUUUCAGAUUUGAUGCUCUGGUUUGAGCAUCUGUUUUAGAGACAAACAUCACAUCAUUGUCCGAGUCAUCAUCAUCAUUGCCUGCAGACUUGCUGGUCUGAUUGAACUCCUCUGCGGAUAUUGAGAAAGACUCUGUGAUAAUCGGCAUCAGCUCUGCAGCUGUGUCAUUUUUGUUUUCAGUAUCUUUGGACAAACCGGGCAGACCCUUCACUUGUGAUAAUGGGGAUGCCAAGUUUGCAAUAAACUUGACCCCUAGUAUCUGUCCAGCAUUGAUGAGCUCCUCAAGCAUGUCAGAGCGUACACGGCUUAUCUUAGAGCUGUAAAUGUAAUUGAGAAUCUCCUCGAAGAUUUCCGCUCUGAUGAAGUUUAACUCAAUCACUUGUCCGGCGACAGUGAAGAGCUGGUGGAAAUACGUGCUUGACGCUGACAGGAUUGUUUUGUGUGCUCUGAACUUCUUGUCCUGUAUGAUAAUGGUGACGUCGCAAAAUAAGCCAUGAUUCCUUUGCUCGUUCAUUGAUUUCAGCACAGCUGAUGAGUACUGUGUGUCGGUUGCAGAUAUCAGCUUUAGACUUGGCAUGUCUGUAAAUGGGUAAUGAAAGCAAA